AUGACAAUAUCAACCACGACUCUAUUGAAAAUAGCAGCUUGGGGUGGUAUUAUUGUUAGCUCGACGGGAUUUUAUAUGCAAACGGUUUUGAUAGACAGGGUGAGAAACUUCGAUUAUUAUAAAAAUGCUUUAAAAGCAUUGAGGACUAAUGCUGGUGCUGUGUAUUAUUUAGGAGAACCAAUUAAGGAUAAAAGAUUCAAAUUGACUGAUACUGAAAAUAAUUUCUCGGACGGACAAACGGCUAGAUUCGCUAUCCCUGUGUCAGGAACAAAAGACAGAGGUAAAUAUUACAUGUGGGCAGAGAGGAGGGAGAACCAGUGGAUAAUUACAAAAGCUGAAUUAGCACUUCAGUCAAAACCUGACACUAGGUUAGUUGUAGUGAAGGAAGAUUAG